UUUGGAAAAAACCCUAAAAUGUUUAUUUUAAUGGAAAAUAAAAUCUCUCUAACUUGACAAUUUUUGCACAUUUUAGUUAAAAUUGAACAUUGACCUGCACUGAAGGUUUCACAUUCUCAAGUUACAUAUUUGAUUACUUAUAUUUGGAGGGAAAACAAGAACAAACAGCCGGUAUUGAUUCUUAAAAUGUGACUAAAAUCAGUCCAAAAUAUAAUAAUUGACUUUCGGUUAGCAAUUCGUCCACAAAGCCCAGAUUUAUGCCGUACACGACUGAUAAUUGGACAGAUUCUUGCACCUGAGCUGCAGAGCUCUGCAGCUCAUCCAGGAUCAUACAGAGCUUUUGGCUGCAUCUCUGAUCUCCUUGUUCAGCCUGUUAGCUUCAACUACACAAAAAGUUAGUUUUGUGUUUAAUUGUCUAUGGUCUCGUUUUGCAUUUCAUUUUGAUUUCCCAAAUGAUUUUUUCUUUUUUACAGAAAAUGGAAAAGGUAGGUACUAUGGCACAUCACUGAUUGGAUGAUGAUGUUUACCAAUCAUUUCAACCAAAACGUUAUUUAGCAUAAAGCAAUAGUUGAUAUCAUCAUCCCAUCAGUGAUAAUCCUUAGUACUAACCUUUUCCGGAUUUUAUUUUUUAACAUUUAAUUUUGUUUUUCUGAAAUGUACUUUGGUUUACUUUCUGUUUUUUGUUUACGUUUUGGUUUCUUGAAUUAUUUAAUUUGUUUUCUAGAAUGUAAUGCAAUGUAAUUUUUAUGUUUGUUUUGCUUCUUGAAUUGUCGUGAUCUUAAAAAUGUUUUUGUAUCGAGUGAUUAGUAGAACCAGUUUACACUUUAGAUCAUUUGCACAUAUUAAUGAGCUUAAGAUGAUAAACAUAGAAACAUGAUUUAUUGAUAAAUAUCUACAUAUAUAGAGCAUAAAUAAACUCAAAUAUUAUGGUGUGCGCUUGAUGUGUUUGGGAAUAGGAUUGAAAUAGAGCUAAAUGGGUGUUUGUAGAUAUGUGUAAAAUGUGUGUAUAUUUUAUAUAUUCAUGUGUAAAUUUAUAUGUGUAAUAAUGCGCAUGUAUGUUGGUAUCUUAAAGUGUACUUAUUAGAGAGGGGGCUAUUAUAGGGAGAGGGUGUAAUAAUACAUUUGGUCCAGGACAUAGGGGUGCGAAUGUAUAAGGCUUUUACUUUUUCUCACUCAAUUUCAGAUAUUUAUUUUUAUAUCUUGUAAUAUUUUUUGUCUUUAAAGUCUUACAUAAUAAAACGUAUAAUAUUUUUAAAAGUAUGUAUAUUUUUGUGUUUAUUUCUAAGAAAACAACUACAGGUCAAGUGUGUUUUUUUCUCAUUUCACAUCUUACAUUACUUACUUUGUUUAACUUCUUACAAAUAACUAAAAUAAAAUGUGAAUAUGUUUUCGAAGGGUCCCUUCAGGGGUCUUCUUUCUGUCUUAAAGGUGAUGGAUUUGGUUCUUUUAAAACAAUAUUUUUUACCACAUUGGUUAGAUGUUUUUUUCUGUCCCACUAAAACUCUCUGUUGAGCAAUAAAACUGCAAGUUGAAUAAGAGAUUUAACUUACAAACGUCAUUUUAAACUAUAAAAUUGAUUAUCUUCAUAUAAAACAAGUGUAUUUUCAGUAGUUUCAUCCUUAUUUAUUUACUAACUUCAGAUAGGGCUACUUUUUCUCUCCAAAGAAACUCUGAGAAGUUGAAAAGAAAGAAAAUCUUGAUGGACUUUAGAUUUCAUCGUGGCAGCAGAGUAAAGCAUUUUGAAUAAUUAUUUUAUUAACAUUUUAGUUUGUAGUUUCAUUUAUGCAGAGGAAGAGUCUGUAUCAGGUGACCUCUGGUUUCUGGUUUGCUAAAAAAAAAAAAAAACACAAUUUUUCAAUGUGACUUCAUGGGAACUUUUAGGAUUCUUUAAUGAAAGUGUAAUUUAGCAUAAAUAUUGCAUUGAUUUCUGCUGUUUUAUAUUUAAUAGAUUAUUUGUUCUUUAGUGUUCUUUGUCCCUGUAAUGAAAGAUAUGUCAUGUUUUUGUACUCUGAGUUGUAUUCAUAUAAAUGAAAACUCGAAAUGUGUGUUUGUCUUCAACAGAGGAGUCUAGCCACUCCUAUGUUUACAUAUAACCAGGUUUUAUUGAAACUAACAACAAAAGUUUACCUGGUUUACCAGGAUGUGCUGCAUGGAAGCUUAAUCCGGUUUAAAUCAUGGUUUUGAAAUUUAAAAUUACAUAGCAAAAUCUGGAAAAACUGAGAUAAAAGUGGUGAGAAGUGGAAACAUGUUGCUUGAUCUAACAUGAGCUUAAAUCCUACUUGAGCUGCAAACGUCACAGAAAAGUUAAUUUUUUUCUUUUUAAAUCUCAGCAAUACUUGAAUUUUAAUUCCACUUCUAAAAGUCAAAGCAUGACAUUGAAUUUGUUUAAAUUCUGCUCUUUAGAAAUUUAUUUUUUUUCUUUUUUUAAUGUAACAUGAUAAGGCUUGAAACUGUUGACAUUGAGACGCCCUUUACUGUAUCCUGAAGAACCAGGAUGAAAACAGAGAAGGGACUUUCACUCUAGAUCAUAAACACACCAGACGGUGAGAAGACAAACAGACUUCUUUACUUCAGAAUGUUGGUCGUCGCUGUUUUUCUUUCUUUAGUCCCUUUUGACCAUGUAAACAGCGAGACACACUCCCUGACCUACAUCUACACGGCCUUCUCCAAACCUGUGAACCUCUCAGGCAUCCAUGAAUUCACUGCUAUGGGUCUGCUGGACAACAGAAUGAUCGAUUACUAUGACAGCACUAUUCAAAAGAAAAUUCCUAAGCAAGACUGGAUGAAGGAGCGACUCCAGCAGGAAUACUGGGAUAAAGGAACUCAGUCCCGGCAGAGCAAGCAGCAGUGGUUCAAGGUCAACAUCGACAUCCUGAUCAACCGAAUGAGACAAACUGCUAAUGAAACUCACGUUCUCCAGUGGAUGCAUGGAUGUGAAGGUGUAAAAGAUGAAAAUGGUAACCUUAAGUUUGUGCGUGGCGUGGACAUGUACAAUUAUGACGGAGAUGACUUCCUGGGAUUUGAUGAUGAGCAUCAAGUUUGGGUGGCUGCAGCUGAUGCAGCACUCCAAACCAAGAGGAAGUGGGAUGAAGUCACAGCUCUGAAAGACUACACCAAGGGUUACCUGGAGAAGGAGUGCAUGGAAUGGAUGAGCACCUUCCUGAGUUAUUCACAAAAACAGCUAAGAAAUGCCUCUGCACCUGAAGUUUACCUGUUUGCAAGAGAAGCUAGAGAAAAGUCAAACAUUGUUCUGACGUGCCUCGCCACUGGAUUUUAUCCCAAAGACAUCAUUAUGAACAUCAAAAGAAAUGGCCGCAUUCUCACAAUAGAAGAUGGAGUGGUGACCUCUGGAGUUCGACCGAAUGAAGACGACACCCAUCAAAGGAGAGACCAUGUGGAGAUCCUCAGGACUGACGUCGCCAAUUACAGCUGUCAGAUCAUUCAUGCUGCUUCCAACAUGAACGUUGAGAGGUCAUGGGAUCAUCACCUUCCUCCUGAUGGAAACAACUUCAUUAAUCCUGAUGUUGCACUGUUCCUUGGCGUAGUUGUUGGAGUUGGUCUUCUUGUUGGAAUUGUAGUUCUACGUUUUCGUCAUCGUGUAAUCUCACAUGGAAUACCUGCCAUCCAGGUUGUACCUCUCCAGGUUGCAUCUUCCACAUCUGUAUCUUCCACGUCUGUAUCUUCCACGCCUCCACCUCUCGAUGAAAGUAAUGAUGAGGAUGACAAACCUGCUCCAGAAGAUGGAACAAAUACCACAGAGAAAGCACCUCUCUUGACUGAUUCCAAACAAUCAGUCAGCUCAGACUCUGCGGUUGGUGAUGACUAUUCUUCCACUACCAACUCCUCUACUUCAAGUCAGAAAGAGUGAAACUCCUGAAGCAAAUGCGCCUCAAACCAGAACAGGAAACAGGAACUGAACAGAAACGAAAAACUUUUUGUCUUCAAGUUAGUCUCCUCCUACCCUAUUUUAUCAAACUAUUUAUGAUUAAAUCCUUUUUUGCCAACAAAGAAUUAUCAAACACGAAAAUAUUUAAUUUAAUAUAAAAAUUGAUUAUAUAUUGCAAAAAUAAAUGCUGUAAUGUUUGUCCUCUGCUGCUUUAAGUUCAGAAAAGUUAAAGUUCCAGGAAUAAUUAUUUUAGUAAGUAAAUCUUAAAAUUGUGAAACAUUCAACUGGAAUACUUGGCUUAUUUUUUAUUUUAAAAAAGGACCAUUAGUAAAUGAAAAGCAAUUGAUUAAAAAACAUUAUGGUUACAGCCUCAUGCCAAAUUUGGCAAAACUUUACGUUAUAGUUACAAAAAAACAUAUACUAAACAUUGCUCUGCACUUAAGCUCUCAUUUUCUGAAAUGAUACAUUUUAACUAAAUUUAUAUGAAUAAAAAAUAAAUCUUUAUUGUUCCGUCCGUUACCAUAACCUACAUUAUUACUAAAUGUCUUUAUAACUGUGGUGUAAAGGCUUUUAAUGAAUGCAGAUUUUUUACCCCGUUUGUGUUUGAUUAGCUUCAUCCAUGACCCUUAAAACAUUUUAUGAUCAAUUUAGAUCAAUUAUUCUAUUAAGCUAUUUUGAAAUUGGGUGAAUUGUGAUAAAAAUAUUGUUCUGAUUAUAAUUUUGCUCAUUGUUAUUAUGUGAAAUGUGGAUUUUUUUUAAAUGUUUUCAGCUGAUUAAUGUCUGACUGAUCUUGUCAAGAUUUGCACUUUAAUUAAUUUGUAUCAAACCUCUCAAUAUAUAGUUGCAUGUAAAUAAGGACAUAGUUGUAAAGUCCUUGAUGUUUUUAAUUUAUGCUAUUACGCACAUGUGUAAUGUAUUUUUUGUAACAAUCAAAUGAUUACAUGUUGAUAAAAAUCUGAAAAUGAUGAUGGAUUGAUGUUUUCAUCAGUAAAUAUUCAUUAAAUUUUAUUUGAGUUUAUUUAAAUGUAUGAUGUCUUAUUGAAAGUUAAUUUUUACAGAUUUCAACAUCUACAAAGUUGUUUCCAUUUAAAAAUUCAUGUUGCAAAACUUAAGUUUAGCAGGUAAAGAAACCAUCAGGUUGUAUAUAUGUUUCCAAACUGUUGAGGAAGAUUUUUGAAUAUUAUUAUGUUUUUAACUAUUCAUGUAUGCAAAUAUUACACUCCAUGUUUAUUUCUAAUGACACUAAAACCAACAGUUACAAUACAGAGAAAUAAAAGCUAAAAUUAUUCUUUAUCUUUAGCUUAAGCUCAACAGCCAGUCUGUUAUCUCACAGUUUCAUGACAUUUUAAAAAGUGUAUUCCUGCUUUUAUGUCUCUUAUUUUAUUUUUUUAACUUGUUAAAAAAAGAAAGAAGAAGAUUUUUUGAAGGGGCCCAUUUGAGCUUGAGUAUUUAGGG